GUUAGGUGUGGGGGCUGCGCGGGUGUGCGGGAGGCCGGGCGGUGAUCUGGGUCUGGCUUGGGGGGGGCCCUCCUUUUCUUGGCGGGGACUGGGUGUGUGGUCCCACUUCCCGUUAUGUACGGAGGCAGAAGGAAAGGGCUCCGUCCCUCUCGGUGCCAUGUCUUCGGUGCCGGCGGCUUCCCGUUCGCCGGUUCUAUCCUCAAACGCCGAGACACGGGUGUCCCAGCAGGGCAGGUCCAGCGUCCCCCUCCGCCCGCCCCCCGCAGGAUGCUCACGCUGUCUUAUUUGGUUUCAGGUCUGCGGACGCCUCCCCAAGAGCGAGAGCUGACGUUUUUCCUCCUCUCUUCCAUUUACUGUUGCAAUCAAUAAAGGCCGUUUGUACCGUAGUAGGGCUGUGUCCGGGUUCUUUUACAGCGGGCUGAGAGCUCGGGGAAGUUGUACGCGUUCUUCAGCGGCGCGGAAUUUAGAGACUCCUUUGGACCUCAGGCCCGGGUUAGGGUGCCGGCGACGAUUCGCGUAAGGUUCUCUGGCCGACCCUGCGGGGACCUGCACAUGGCUGCGCUGAGCCGAACGCUUCAAGUACCUGCUCUAGUGGUGCGGGCGCGCCGAGCCUUGGCGGGCUCCCUGGCCGGUAGUUGCUUGGCUGACCGCCGCCUCUGGGAUCGGCUCCAUGCCCAGCCGCGUCCAGGCAGUGUCCCCACCUUCGACUGGUUCUUUGGCUAUGAGGAAAUCGAGGGACUGCUACUUCCACUGCUGCAGGAGGCACGGGCUGCCUGCCUACUGCGGGUGCUGGAUGUGGGCUGUGGAACCUCAAGCCUGUGCACAGGCCUCUACACCAAGUCCCCACACCCCGUGGAUGUGCUAGGGGUGGACUUUUCUCCCGUGGCUGUGGCCCACAUGAACAGCAUUCUGGAGGGCCAAGGCCAAACCCUCCUAUGCCCUGGGCACCCUGCAUCCCGUCUCCGCUUCAUGCAGGCUGAUGCCCAGAAUCUGGAGACGGUGGCUCCCUCAGGCUCCUUCCAACUAGUGCUGGACAAGGGCACCUGGGACGCUGUUGCCAGGGGUGGUCUGCCUGGGACUUACCAGCUGUUAUCAGAAUGCCUGAGAGUCCUAAGCCCCCAGGGGACCCUGAUUCAAUUCUCAGAUGAGGAUCCUGACGUGCGUCUGCCCUGCCUGGAGCAAAGAUCCCAUGGCUGGACUGUGACUGUGCAGGAGUUAGGCCCUUUCAAGGGCAUUACCUACUUUGCUUACUUGGUUAAAGGCUCUCAUUAAAGAUAUUUUAGUCCGACCUUAGUGUUUUCUGUUGGGCAAGAAGAAGGU